AUCGAUCAACAUGGCUGCCAUUUGAUGAGUUGGGAAAUUCGACGUUCUUUAUUUUUCAAGAGCAAAUGAAAUGUCUAACUGUCUUAUGAUUGGUUCGAGAUUAUUUUCACGUUUACUGCUUCACAAAGGGCACGCUUCCUUAUCCGUAAAGCGUAAUGUUAUUUCUAACGUGUGCAGUAAAUUGACUAAAUUCCAAAGUUUCCACAAUUCUUGUGUUCUUCUGAAUCGUUUCCAACUUGAGGUUAACACAUCAGACUCUGUUGAUAUCAUUUCAGAAAAGCCUAGUAAUAAUCAAAAGUUGAUAUGCCUCCCGUCUUUCCUUUGAGACAGUUAACAAAGUCAGCUCAACUUUUUGAAAAUGUUGCAGCCAGCUCGCCGAAUGAACAGGGAUUUACGAAUGCAGUUGAGGCAUUUAAGAAACGCGAUGUAAAGCGGACCCGUGUGAUUGAUUUUAUCGAUACUGCAAUGACAUACAUGGAUGCAUUCGGUUGGCAAAAAACGUCCAUCUUACAAUCAGUUGUUGGAAGUUUUCCCAAAGGUGUUUAUCAUAACAAGACAGUUUUUGAUACCUUGUGGCCACACAGGCGUCAAAUUGAUUGUGCUGUGAGGGUUCUCACUAAACUUGAAGAGAACCACAUUCGGCCAAAUAUAGAUACCUACGACAUUGUGGAUGCUGUAUUUGGAAACAAUAGCAUACCACUGAAUAAACUGAGACGUAUUGUUUUUUGGUUUGAUAAGUUUGAUGAAAUGUAUCCAGAUCCAUUGCCUAUAGAUUUGCCUGAAACUAUAGAGGAAUUGCAUAAGUUGGCAAUUGAGCGCAUGAUAAACGAAAGUAUGGUGAACUUUGAUGCUAGAUAUAAGACUCAUGAUGGAGUUCAGCAACAAAUCAUUGGUGCCAAGAAUGGGAACCUCGAGAAUUUGCUAGAAGAACAAGAUUUGAAAAGACAAAUUUUUUUAGAAGGGCCUCACAAUGUUUGGCUAAGAAAAAAAACUGUACCCUACUAUCUAUUAAAUGCUGAUUUUGUUGACAGCUGUUGUCAUGAAGAUAACAUACUUGCAAUGUGUAUCAUUGAAGGAAAAGAAACUGAAGAAAUUCUGAGAAUUUGGUUAAAUGAAAUACAGACUGACCAUCCCAAACUUUCGGAAUUCAAUGUAAUUUUCAAUGUCAGAAACAUAGUAAAUUGAGAAUCUUUAUUUAUGGCUUGUCAUCAUUAAUAAAGAACCGGGGUAUUUUUGUUACUCCAUGGUUAAUCUAGUUAACAUCUAA